GCAUCAAGCAGCAGCAAGCACGCCAACAUGUCAUCAUCUCAGCAAGCAUGGAUGGGCGCCGCAGCCUCUACGCUGCCGACGCUCUCGCAGAGCAUCGAAAGCAACACCCUGCUGGCGGCUACCAUGCGUGCCAUGCAUGUCAUUGCGCCGCUCUCGCUCGCAGACUCGAGUUGGGACAACGUCGGACUGCUCGUCGAGGCACCGGAGCCGCGCAAGAACGCACCGAAUGUCUCGGUCGCAAUCGACUUGACGACGCAGGUCGUCGACGAGAUCCUCGGCUUCGACGUGGGCGUGGCUGUGGUGUACCACCCCAUCAUCUUCCGCGGCCUCAAGUCUCUCACGAUGGCCGACUCUCAGCAGCGCUCCUUGCUCCGGCUCAUUCAAGCCGGCGUGAGCGUCUACUGUCCUCACACUUCGCUCGACGCAGCAGCGGGGGGCAUGAACGACUGGCUGGCCUCAUUCGCCACUGCCGACCCUAAGAUCGAACGUGAAGAGAUCGACGCGAGCAAGUGGAAGAGCAUCGCGCCGGCCACGCCGAGCAAGGCGAAGGAGCCGGGACAUGAGACGGCGGGCAUGGGACGUGUGGUGGAGCUGAAUGAGCCGCAGACGAUCGAUGAAGUGGCGGCGAGACUCAAGCGAGUGCUCGGUGACUCGGGCAAGAAGCCGCUCGGCGACGUUGUGCAAAUCGCCCGUGCGGCGAAGCACUCCGGCGCCUCGCCUGCACCCAUCAAUACAGUAGCCGUCUGCGCCGGCUCCGGCGGCUCCGUUUUCCGCGCUGCCAAGGCCGAUCUCUAUGUCACCGGCGAGCUCUCUCACCACGAGCUCCUUGCCUUCACGCAGAAUGGCUCGAGCGUAAUCCUGCUGAACCACACCAACACGGAGCGGCCUUACCUGCCCGUCCUCGCGACGCGGCUCGAAGCGCUGCUGGAGAAGGCUGGCUCGCCUUGCAGCGUGUACGUCAGCGUGGCGGAUCGCGACCCGCUCGAGGCGGCGUGAGCGUAAUAGAUAGAUGGAACGC